UAAUGUGAUGUAUAAUACUAUGAUCUUUAUAGCACACAUACAUUCCUGUCUAAAUCACCUUCACCUUGAAGAUAUCUCCAUAAUCAAAAGUGCCCGUUCACCUGUAUAACGUGUCGGUUUCGUUUUCCUUCUUGUUUGCGUACUUUUCGUUAUCAUCUUUCAAUGCGACAACGUUGUCUGUUGCAGCAGUCGUAGGUAGAAAGCGUUUGUGUUCGGAUGUUGCUAAAAUAAUAAAGUGCAUUGAACUGUGUCUGAAGUGAACUAAAUAGCAGUCGUGUUUGUUGUCGUGAACAAGAAUAAUUGUGUUCAAUGUUUGUGAAUAAUUAAUGCCUAAAGACAGAGAAGGCUGCCAACCUGACGGGUUACACGAAGAGUUACAAGAGCAACCGAAUAAUUGCACUAAAAUGGAACAAUUUGGGUUUAAGCUCCGUAGAUCACGGGCGGCAGUCCGGCGGGGCGCCAAGUACCGAUGAGACAGUCGGCCGGUCCGCACCACCGACACGACCAUCAACAACCAGUUGUUACCACUCCGGCUGCCAGCGAGUCCGUCGACACCCUCACCACCACUACCGACUCCCAACAUACAGUUUCAGCGGAGGUAGUCGAGGUGGAGGAACAUGAUCUGGGCUCCGAUGCGGAGUCCAAAGCAAGGGAGACGCUCAAGCUGACCGCCCGCAGCCGCCCUGCGCAAACCCAGACGCGCCCGCGAACAGCGCGUGAUGAGACGAAGAAAGAAAUACAAGAGGACGAUGAAGCCACUCUCAGAGAGCUGCUUAUUAGUCUGCAAAAACAGGUGAGCGUGAUGAGUAUGAAUCUGAGCGCCAAACUGGACGAGCUCCAACGUGGAGAUCGACAUUUGGAGACAACAGUCGCUCUUUGUGAGAUCAGAUCGCAGCUGCAGGAACUCACCAAGUCGGUGGAGUCCUGUCAGUCGGAAGUAUCAGAAGUUAAGAGGGAUAUGGUUGCCAUCAAGCACGAGCUCGACACUGUGCAGCAAGUUAAGGAGGAAAUCGAGGAGCUGAGAGAGUAUGUGGACCGGCUCGAGGAGCACACGCAGCGCAGGAAAUUGCGGCUGCUCGAGCAGGACCUCACAUUUUUCCUGUCGUAUGCGAUCCUGGCGGCGGUCCUGGGCAUGUUGCAGUUCGGUUACAACACAGGAGUGAUAAACGCGCCAGAACAGAACAUAGAACACUUUAUGAAAGAUGUGUACAAGACGAGGUAUGGGAAAGACCUAUCUGAUGAUUCUGCACGGGGCCUCUACUCCAUUGCCGUGUCCAUAUUUGCGUUAGGUGGUAUGUUAGGUGGCUUCGGCGGAGGAAUGGUAGCUAACAAAUUCGGAAGGAAAGGCGGGCUGCUUUUGAACAACGUUCUGGGAAUAACUGGGGCGUGCUUAAUGUGGUGCACCAAACUAGCGAACUCAUAUGAAAUACUAUUUUUUGGGAGAUUUAUUAUAGGGGUCAAUUGUGGACUGAACACAUCCUUAGUACCUAUGUAUAUAUCGGAAAUAGCUCCUUUAAAUUUACGUGGUGGUCUUGGGACAGUGAACCAGUUAGCGGUUACAGUGGGUCUUCUGUUAUCACAAGUGCUCGGUAUCGAACAAAUUCUCGGUACCAACGACGGUUGGCCUCUACUACUUGGCUUAGCCGUGUGUCCUGCCUUACUUCAAUUAGUACUUCUUCCAAUUUGUCCGGAAAGUCCGCGCUACUUGCUUAUCACCAAGCAGUGGGAGGAGGAAGCGCGGAAGGCAUUGCGGAGGUUGAGGGCGAGCAACCAAGUCGAAGAAGACAUCGAAGAGAUGCGGGCGGAGGAACGCGCACAACAGGCCGAAGCUUCCAUUAGCAUGCUAGAGCUGAUCUGUUCGCCGACGUUGAGAGCGCCCUUGAUCAUCGGCGUCGUGAUGCAGCUCUCGCAGCAGCUGUCGGGGAUCAACGCGGUGUUUUAUUACUCGACGAGCUUGUUUGUCAGCUCAGGGCUAACGGAAGAAAGCGCCAAAUUUGCCACCAUCGGCAUCGGAGCCAUCAUGGUGGUCAUGACGCUAGUUUCCAUUCCUCUGAUGGACAAGACUGGCAGACGGACGUUGCAUCUUUACGGCCUCGGUGGCAUGUUCAUCUUUUCGAUAUUCAUCACGAUCUCAUUUUUAAUAAAGGAGUUUUUUGGAUACGUGCAGGAGAUGAUAGACUGGAUGUCGUAUCUGUCUGUGGUUUCAACGUUGGGAUUCGUUGUGUUCUUUGCCGUUGGCCCCGGAUCGAUACCGUGGAUGAUCACCGCCGAACUCUUUUCGCAAGGACCUCGGCCGGCUGCCAUGUCAAUUGCGGUUUUAGUCAACUGGAUUGCCAACUUUUUGGUGGGCAUUGGGUUCCAAAGUUUAAAAAACGCCCUCGAUAACUAUACGUUCCUGCCAUUUAGCGUGUUCCUAGCUAUAUUCUGGAUUUUCACAUACAAAAAGGUCCCUGAAACGAAGAACAAGACCUUUGAAGAAAUCCUUGCCUUGUUUAGACACGGAAAUGGAAGGGCUAGUUUUCGGGACAGCCGCCUGUACGGGAGUAUGCUAAACUGUGUUAAUGCACUCGAACAACAUCUGCCAGUAACAGAACAAGCUGGACUAGUGAUAGCAGAGGAGAAAACGCAACAAGACUCAUUUCCCAACCCAUUUGAGAGACGAAUGUAUAAAACUACAUAUAAUCCCAGAAGACAUUCAGCCUAUGCUACUGUGCCAGCUGGGUCCGAGCACUCGUCCCGUGCGGGCGACGUGGGGUCUCGUCCGCCGCCGCCACUGCCUCCUCCGAGAUUCCCGAACAGCGCUGUUUGACAAUGGGAAAGUCUUAACAUCGCCACGUUCAGUCUACUGCCGUUACCCGCGCCUCUCUUGGUGCUGGAGGACCACCUGGUGGAGAUGAUAGCUGAGCGGAGCAAGGCGUGCGUCUCGUAUCUUCGGCACAGUUUCAAGCGCCCCCAGCGCCCCUGAAGACCGUGCGCGACAAACUCUCCACGGCCUUAAAUCUGCUCAGUUCUCACCGAAUGGACUUAGUGCUAUCGUAACCUAAGGUGGCCCGAAGCUCGCCUAACGAGACUCUAAUCACAACAAAGACUCAUUGUUACAUUGCCGAGCGACUCGACGCUCUAGUUAGGUCGUGACCCCUCUAACUUCGAAAUGCUCACUUCUUGCUGCGUUCACGAUAUGUAUUUGGUUGGUGAUGGGAGUAUGCUUCAGAAUGACUCAUUUUUCAUCUUAGCAUGCACCUACAACUUUCUGUCUGGCUACGUAGACUGUAGAUUGUUAUGUGUUCUGUGUUACGUAGUUUUGACUUUCAUUACCUUCAACACCUUCAGUUCAUUGUCCCAUCGAAGACACCGGUACUCUUGUCCACCAUUUUGUAGGUGCAUCGACGCAUGUACUAGUUACUUAAAUAUCUCAUACACCGGGAGUGCGAAUGUGUAUUGAUUUAUUAUAUUGACAAGCACUAGCUCGCAAUGCACCGUCGGAUAAAUUCAAUUUUACAUACAUACUUACCUACUUCAGCCUUUAAACUCACCUCCGCCCUCGACAAACUAGCGUUUUUCAUCAUCACGGCACCAGUGAAGCGAGCCGACCCUCAGUUCCAUUCAUUUUAAAACUACCUUUCCUGUCUAAAGUUAGUAAACAUCUUCUAAAUAAAAACUCAAUAAUUUCACUAAAAAUUUACUUUUGAAACAAUAAAAAUGCAACCUGUGGUACAGAACAAAAAAGAUAUUUCAAAUAAAUUAUGAAUUGCAGAUUUUUUGACUACUUCAUUUCUAUAUUUACGUUGUUAAAAAAUGUUUUUAAAAAAAACUUCUGCUAUUUUACUACCAAUUUAAAAAAAAAUGUAAUAUGUUCUGAAGUAGUACUCAAGUUCAAGGCUACAAUUAAAAUUUUAAUUUUUCCAGACUAAAACUCUUAACUUAACUUAAUUUAAAAGUUAAGUCAUUAACAUUCGAAUAAAGGAUAUUGAUAUAUUUUGGCGACCUAUAAUGGAUGAAAUUUUUUUUAGAGUAACAACUAAAAAGCCUAAUAGAUUAAUUUUUCUGGCUUUUAUUUAGUUUAAUAGAAAGUAUUUUUUAACACUUAAAAGUUUCAAAAUUCAAAAUCAACAAUAUAAAUUCUAAAAAGUUUAGAAGUUUGUAUAAAUCAUUAAAUUAUUAACUUUUAAAUCUCUUAUUGCAUUUUGGAGCCAUAAACUUGUUUCUAAAACGGGCAUCAUUUCAUCAUUAGAGGCCUUUGGGUUUAUAACCAAUUAUAACAAACAGAAUCACACGGUAUCUAUAACAAUGGUCAAAACUCGAUUGUUACAUCAAAUUUGACAGAAAUAUUAAAUGCUGAUUUGAGAGAAGCAAAACGCAAUCCAAAAUACACUAAACGUUUUAUUUACUACGGGCAUACAGGGAUGAUUCUUAAAUACACCGACAAAAUGUUAUCCUUGGUAGUAUCAAAUGAGAACAUGCUGGAAAAAAUAUUUAAAAAAAUGCUUUGUUUAACCGUUCUCCAAAUAAAAUUUAUUAAAGUUAUUUUUGAGGUAAAGCGUACGCCA